AUGAAAGGAAGACCUCCCACAGAUUGGCGCCUCAAUGGCAUGGGGAACGAGCACAUCGUGGCAACUUCGCUGGUGUAUUUUGACAGCGUCAACACAACCGAGACAUCUGGUGCUAUUUCUUUCCGGGUCGAGGCAGACCUAGACGCAGACGCACAUGUCUACACGCGAAGAGAUCUUGCACCACUCGCGGGGAUCUAUGGUCUUGCUGAUCCUGGUCAACUCCAUAGCGACAGUGAGGAACCCAACGCGCUGCAGGAGCUCGGCACCAUCGUCGCCCUCGAUGGCCGACUGGUGGCUUAUCCCAACACCUUGCAGCACCGUGUAGAGGCGUAUGAGCUGCUGGACCGCUCGCGUCCGGGCCGCCGGCGUUGCUUGACGAUGCAUCUUGUCGAUCCCCACUACCGCAUUUGCUCUACGCGCAAUGUGCCGCCGCAACAGCACGAAUGGUGGGUGGAGGAGGGACCGGCAAAGAUCGACUGGGCAGGUCAUCACGUCCCGCAGGAGAUCAUCAAUCGGAUCAUGACGGAGGUCGGAGAGUGGCCUAUGGGCAUGGAAGAGGCGACGAGGGUGAGAGAUGAAGUCAUUGGUGAGCAUCUGGCCGGCAUGGAGGCAGUGCAGGGUAGGGUAAUGCGAUAUCAAUUUGAUUAG